CUUCCUAUAAAUUCAUAACCAAUUCAUUGAUUUCAUAUUCAUUUUUCUGUUUUAUUCGUUUAGAUUUGGAUUUUGACUCAUGGCUAUGCAAGAGGAGGAUUCUGUAAUUAAUCAAAAACCGGCGCCGGCGUCACCUCCGACGCCGGUGGAAUUUAAAGGGACGGAUUCCGGGUCAUUACUGCACACCGUAUUGGCGUUGGUCCUAUGGCUUGGCUCCGUCCAUUUCAACUUGUUAAUCCUUCUUGCUUCCUUUCUAUUUCUUCCUUUCUCAAAAGCACUCGCAGUUAUAGGAAUAUUGCUUAUACUUAUGCUGAUUCCGAUUGAUGAGAAGAAUAACUUGGGGCGAAGAUUAGCUAGGUACAUCUGUAAGCAUGCUUGUGGUUAUUUUCCGGUGCAUUUGUAUGUAGAGGACAUCAAAGCAUUUGAUCCUAACGAGGCUUAUGUUUUCGGGUAUGAGCCGCAUUCCGUUUGGCCUAUUGGGGUGAUUGCCCUUGCUGAUCUUACAGGUUUCAUGCCUCUCCCAAAAAUCAAAGUGCUUGCGAGUACUGCUGUGUUCUAUACACCUUUCUUGCGGCAUAUCUGGACAUGGUUAGGACUUGCACCAGCAACGAGGAAAAUUUUUAAAUCCUUCUUGGCAUCUGGUCACAGCUGCAUCAUAGUGCCAGGUGGAGUUCAAGAGGCAUUCUAUAUGGAGCACGAUUCAGAGAUUGCGUACCUUCAAAGAAGAAAAGGAUUUGUACGAAUUGCCAUAGAGACGGGCAAACCACUGGUUCCUGUUUUCUGUUUCGGCCAGACUGAUGUCUACAAAUGGUGGAAGCCUAGCGGGAAACUGUACUUGGAAUUCUCUAGACUCAUUAAGUUCACUCCAAUUCUUUUUUGGGGCGUGCUGGGCUCUCCUGUACCAUUUAAACGACCGAUGCAUGUUGUUGUUGGCAGGCCAAUUGUGCUCAAGAAAAAUCCAGAGCCAACCCCUGAAGCGGUCUCUGAAGUGCACAGUCGGUUUGUUGAAGCACUGCAAGAACUUUUUGAAAGGCACAAAAAGAGGGUUGGUUAUGAAGAUCUCCAACUGAGAGUUGUUUAAUGUUAUAUGAUGACUCUAAAUCUUCUGGUGGCUAUAUUUGUAUUACCCGUUUUAUUCAUUUUCUUCUCUCUCCCUAUUUGCAUCUAACUCUAGUCAUGGAGGGGGGCAGUAAUUUGUAGUCACUGAUCUGUUACAAAUCUCAACUUCUCGUAAAGCUCUUGUAGGAUUUGAAUUUUAUGUAUUCAAGGUUCUAUGGCAGCAAUCUCAAAUGCUAAUAAUUUUGCAAA